AUGAAGUUCUCCACUGCCAUUGUCGUGACGGCCGUCGCUGUCGGUGCUGCCGCAGCUCCAACUCCAGGGAAGACGGUUGAGGACUACUUUAUUGGGGCGGAUAAACGGGACAAGACUGUUGAGGAUUAUUUCAUUGGAGCUGACAAGCGUGACAAGACUGUUGAGGAUUAUUUCAUUGGAGCUGAUAAACGGGACAAGACUGUCGAGGACUACUUUAUUGGAGCUGAUAAACGGGACAAGACGGUUGAAGAUUACUUCAUCGGAGCUGACAAGCGAGACAAGACCGUCGAGGACUAUUUCAUCGGAGCCGACAAGCGAGACAAGACGGUUGAAGAUUAUUUCAUCGGAGCCGAUAAACGGGACAAGACCGUCGAGGACUACUUCAUCGGCGCCGAUUAA